AGUAGGAAGAAGAUGCCGACGGGGUUCAGGCGCUGGAUCUGUUGCAUAACGGAGAGCGUAUCGCAUCUCGCAAGGUUUAUGUGGAAGAAGAAGAAGAUGGUCGCCAUCGUUACAGCACCGAUGGGAAUGUUCAUAUAGCAACACCAGCGCCAGGUGCUGGCGCGCCGCCAACGAUCGGCCCCAGCACAGCAAAAACCCCAAAGCUCAUGCCAAAUACCGCCAUGUACAUCGGCACCUAACUCAAUGGCACAAGUUCAACAAUGACCAUCAUGCCGUUCUGGAAGACUCCCGCCGAUCCAAUGCCGACAACGGCGCGACCCACAAUGAACGCCACAGACGACGGAGCGGUGCCGCACACAGCGUUGCCAAUCUCGAAGAUCAGAUGGAAGUCAGGGACACCAUUUUCGUGCUGUACAGUUGGUAGAUACGGCCGAAGAUAGGGUUGAAACAGGCACCGGUGAGCAGGUAGGCGGAGUCGUACCAGCUGAUGUCAGUAAUGGAGGUGAAGCUGUAUGUAAGCGCGGGGAAAGUGACGGCAUUGAUUGUGCGGCCCUAGGUGGGUGUUCGUGUUGUGAUUUUUGGCAGGAUAAUUUGCUUAAAAUGGUCGAUAUUAGACGGACAUUUGAAAAGUGCUUGUUCAGUUGUGUGAUGGAUGGACUCUAGGAUCGAACGAGCGAGAUUGUGGACGUAGCAGUGCGACCAGAAGGACAGACACAUACGUCCCAUGGUGAAAAACUCGAUGGAUUUGGGGUUGAACUUGGUAACGCC